AUGGCUGAAAUGGUCGAACAGGUUGGAACGGUUGAAAUUCUCGAAAUGGUUGAAAUGGUGGAAAUGGUGGAAAUGGUUGGAUGGUUGGAGUUGGAACGGUUGAAAUGGUUGAAUGGGUGGAAUGGGUCGAGAAGGUUGAGAAGGUUGGAUAGGUUGAGAGGGUUGAGAAAUUUGAGAAGAUUGAGAGGGUUGAGAAGGUUGAGAGGGUUGAAGAGGUUGAAGAGGUUGAAGAGGUUGAAGAGGUUGAAGAGGUUGAAGAGGUUGAAGAGGUUGAAGAGGUUGAAGAGGUUGAAGAGGUUGAAGAGGUUGAAGAGGUUGAAGAGGUUGAAGAGGUUGAAGAGGUUGAAGAGGUUGAAGAGGUUGAAGAGGUUGAAGAGGUUGAAGAGGUUGAAGAGGUUGAAGAGGUUGAAGAGGUUGAAGAGGUUGAAGAGGUUGAAGAGGUUGAAGAGGUUGAAGAGGUUGAAUAGGUUCAUAAGGUUCGAGAGGUGUCUGCUGAUCUGGGAUCUUCUCAGGGCUGUGAUUAUCUGUGCAUUUAGAUGA